CCAAAGAUUUUGAUUGCAGGAAAAAUCCCGCUAAAAAAUAAGAAAGAAAGAAAAAACCCGUAAUCAAUUCCAUGGCAUUUCAUGUCGCUUGCCCAAUUACAUGUCAGCGUAUAUGCUUCUGCACGUUGGGUUUCCCUCAGAAGCUUCAGAGCGAGAAGGGGAGGAAAAAUUUCUUGGAGGAGGUUUUUAGGGUUGAGGAGUUUUUGAGCGAUCCAUGGUCAGUUAGGGCUAGACAGAAGGGUACUGUUCAGGUUUCGGUUCCUCGAAUUGUUGCGUCGACUCCUGUGGUGACUGCUGUAGCUGAUGGGGUUGUGGGUGGAGAUGGGGAUGUGGAGGAAAUGUCUGCUCAGACAAAGCGAGUUGCGUUGCAGAAGAAGGCGGUUGCUGAAUCGUUGGCCGCAGAGGAUUACGCUCGGAGGUUUGAGACCGGAGAUUUCGCGGAUGCCUCUAAAGAAACAGGUCAAGAUAUUGUUGAAGAACAGGGUUCUUCAACCAUCAAUGUAAUGUGUAGAUUAUGCUUUUAUGGUGAAAAUGAAGGAAGCGAAAGAGCAAUGAGGAUGCUUGCAUGCAAAAUUUGCGGCAAAAAGUACCAUAGGAACUGCGUGAAAAGUUGGGCCCAGCACAGAGAUAUAUUUCAUUGGAGUUCAUGGGCCUGCCCGUCUUGCCGAACUUGUGAGGUAUGUAGAAGAACCGGAGAUCCAAAUAAAUUCAUGUUUUGUAAGAGGUGUGAUGGUGCUUACCAUUGCUAUUGUCAGCAGCCUCCACACAAGAAUGUCAGUGCUGGACCUUAUCUCUGCCCAAAGCAUACUAGGUGUCACAGCUGCGGGUCCAAUGUUUCUGGAAGUGGGCUAAGUACAAGGUGGUUUCUUGGGUAUACAUGCUGUGAUGCUUGUGGGAGAUUGUUUGUGAAGGGGAAAUAUUGUCCUGUUUGUUUGAAGGUUUAUAGAGAUUCUGAAUCAACCCCGAUGGUUUGCUGUGAUGCUUGUGAAUGUUGGGUGCACUGUGAUUGUGAUGGCAUCAGUGAUGAAAAGUAUUUGCAGUUUCAGGCUGAUAAAAAUCUUUACUACAAAUGUGCUGCAUGUCGUGGAGAUUGUUACCAGGUGAAGGACCUUGAUGAUGCUGUGCAAGAACUUUGGAGGAGGAGAGAUGAAGCUGAUAGGGACCUGAUUGCGAGUUUGAGGGCUGCUGCCGGAUUGCCUUCUCAAGAAGAAAUAUUUUCUAUUUCACUUUAUUCAGAUGAUGAAGAAAAUGGUCCCAUUGGGCGUUCAUUAAAGUUUUCUGUUAAAGGAUUAGCUGAUAAAACACCAAAAAACACUAAGGAAUAUGGGAAGAAAUCCUUGAACAGAAAAUAUGUAAAGAAGAAAGGAUUUCGAGCAUCAUUAAUCGGCAAAACUGAAGCCCAUCAGAGUUUUGAAAGACAGCAGGAUACACAAUCAAUUGAAUGCGACUUGGAUGAUGAAAAGACUGAUCAAAUGGCGUCACAGAGAAGUGGAGGGCCCGAUGUGUCGGCAUCUCCUCUUGCAAGGGCUCCUUUUAAUAGCAAAAGGAGACUUUCUAUUAAUCAACCAGGAAUUAUGAGGCCGAAUCUUACUGAGGAGGUUGUGAACAAUGAAGAAAGGGCUCCCAGUUCCAGAGUUAUUCAGAUAAAAAGUGGUAAAUCACGUGGCUCGGAUGUCAUGGAAGGUUCUGUUAAACAGGUUAGCAAGACAGAGAAUGUGAAGGGAACAAAGCUAGUUAUACAUCUAGGUUCAAGAAAUAGAAAUGUGAGCAACUCUCCAAGAUCGGAAGCAUCAAGCUGUCACAAAGAACAAGAAUUAACAACGGCUUCUAAUGGCAGUGAAGAUACAAGUCAACUUAAGGCCAGUGAUAGGAAGUAUAUGGUUGAUGGACAUGAUGGAAUUGGCAGAUGGGGUGCUAGUAAAGGAGAAAAACAUGAUGCUCCAGAUGAAUUGAAAGGUUCUAAACAUAGAGGCAGGGACCAUUGCUUGAUAAAGUUGGGGAAGUUUGAGUCUGAUGUAUCUGAUCUAAAACCCAUUGCUGGCGGAGGUAAAACUGCAGAGGGAUAUGAGUCUACAGGUACCAUCAGCACUCGUGUUUUAUUGGGGAAAAGAAGCAAUGAAAGUGUUGCAGCAGUGGAACCUGUAAGUGAAGCUAUCACUUUAAGAGGUGAUGUGGUUCCAGCUAGGAUGCAGUCUAAGGGCACACCUAAUAGAUGCGAUGAGAGCCAGAAUGUAUCUGCUGUCACCUCCACUGUUUAUGAUUCGUUGCCGAAAGACCCCAAACCAUUGCUUAAGCUUAAAUUCAAGAAUCCUUAUUUUGAAAACCGGAGCUCUUGGACCCCUCAAGGGGAGGAAGAGAAAAGUUCUGUAAAAGGGCAGAGAUCAAAAAGGAAGAGACCAUCGCCUUUAAUGGACAAAGGCUCAAUCAAAGAAGAUGGGGGCAUGCCACAAUUCUAUCAAGACAAUCCUAUUGAUGAGGCCAUGGAUGCAAAUUGGAUACUGAAGAAGUUGGGUAAAGAUGCAAUUGGAAAGCGAGUUGAAGUUCAUCAGCCUUCCAGCAAUUCCUGGCACAGAGGAAUUGUUACUGAUGUUGUUGAAGCCUCUUCAACUUUAGCUGUUCGUCUAGAGGAUGGAAGAGACAAGACCUUGGAACUUGGGAAGCAAGGAGUUCGCUUUGUUUCUCAGAAACAGAAGCGAUCAAAAGUAUGAGAUUGUUCCUUUCCUUCAAUGGAUUAUGUCAUUAUACUAGAGUCCUCAAAGUUGGGGGACGUUUAUCUCCGUGCCACAAUUGCAGCUCUUGGGAUUGCUUCCAACUUUUGCAAAUGUUCUUACUGAUACUGUGGCUGCUUGGAGACAAGAAAAGAAUAAGUUUGCGCAACGGAGGCCUUGCCUGUUGGCUGCCUUUGUGAAAUUCAUUUCAAUACAUUCUGUUUCUUAUCUCUCAUUGUCCAUUCCUUCCGUGGCAAUACUGGGCAAAAGUUGAAGGCCCCAAGAUUGUUAAAAGUCAUUCUAAAAUCUCCAUGGGGGCUUGUGGACUCGCUGCAUCUCAUGUAUCAAACUUAUUAUUUUGAAAGAAGAAAUUGAGUCUGCUGUAAUUAUUCUUUAUUGUUGAAGUGUAUAAUUUACAGUUGAAAAUGCAUUACAGUAGAGGUGUUCAAAGGCAUUUUUGUAGCAUUGUUUUCGAAAUGGUUGUUUUGAU